AUGUCUUUUUCUUUUGACCUAGCAGUCACCUUACAACGGCAGACAAGUAGAAUGAUGAGGUCGAAGGUAAUAAGGAAAAGACAAAGAGACAUAUGCAAGAGGCAGGAGAUUCCUUUUGAUCUCGUGAUAGAGAUUAUCAAAAGACUCCCUUCUAAAUCCCUUAUGAGGUUCAAAUCCGUUUCAAAGCUCUGCUUAUCCAUUAUUUGUUCCCAGUAUUUCACCAACCUUUCAUCAUUGCCACGUAUAUACAUGUGGUUGGGCUUCGACAAAGAAAAAAUAUUAGUAUCGUCAUCGUCUUCUCCUGGCUUGGAUGGUUCCUUUGUAGUUGACCAAGAUUUGACAAUCCCAGCGAUGAAAGGCUACUCCGUCUCUCAUGUUUACCGCGGUUUGAUGUGCUUUACAAAUGGGCCAAAUGCACAAAUAUAUAACACUACCACUAGGCAACUUGUGGUCCUACCUGACAUAGAAGAAUCCAACAUCAUAGCAAAAGAUCACAAGUUUAGGAAGAUCAUAUACCAUAUAGCACACGACUCUGUUCAUGAUCAAUAUAAAGUGAUUUGCAUAGUUUCAAGACGCAAAUCUCGAAGGAUAGUAAAGAUCCUGCUAGAGCAUUGGGUCUUCACACUAGGAGGAGGUGUAUCAAGUGGAUGGAGAAAGAUACCAAGCCCAUGUCCACCACAUACACCUUUCACGCAAGGAUUGACUAUCAAUGGGCGUAUGUAUUACCUAGGUUUGGUACCUAAUUUGCUUUCUCCUGUGUUUGUGAGAUUUGAUAUUAUUUCUGAAGAAAUCAGUGUGCUCCAAAAAGCUGAAGAUGCCUUUUGGUGUCGGUAUUAUUAUACUGAGAUUAUAGAAUACGAUGGAAGAAUAGCUAUUUUAGACCAUUCCGAUCUUAUAAAAGAUGGUGUGACGUUACUAUGGGUGAUGGAAGAUGAAGUGAAGAAUAUGUGGUCAAAGAAGACUCUGGUGUUGCAUUAUUCUCAAAUGAAUAUGGUCAAAACGCAUAUAGUCCAUAACAUGAGUUUGAGGGUACAAGGUACAACAAGAAACGGUGACGUUAUCUUGGUACCUCAACAUAUAUUUCGUACUGGACACGACCAAAUUAUCGUUUUACCUCAAGUUACAACUCUUUUCUACGUGUUUCUUUACAAUCUACAAAAGAAUCAGUUGAGAAAAGUUGAAAUCAAAUCCAACCGCUACCACACCAAAAGAUGGGACGUUAUUGGAUUGGAAGACAUUGAGAACUUCAUGAAUGUUUGA